AAAGGGGAGUGAGCGGAAAGGAGGCGGCCGCGGGAGCGUAGCGGGACGGCGGCGAGCUGCCCGAGCCAGCGGCUGCCCGAGCCAGCGGCUGCCGGCGGGCGAGGCGCCCGGGCCAUGGCGCAGCGGGACGGCGGCGGCGGCGGCGGCGGGGGGGUGCCCCGCCUGCUGCUCUGGCUGGCGCUGUGGGGACUGUGGCGCGGCGGCGACGCCGGCGCCCUGCCCGCCCGCGGGGAGGCCCGGCCCUUCGGCGCGGGCCCGCCGGCGGCCUGUAGCCCGCGCUGCCAGCACGGCGGGCUCUGCCUCGGUAACGGCACCUGCCUCUGCUCCAAGGGCUACGAGGGCGAGCUCUGCCAGCACGCAACAUGUUAUCCAAAAUGCAAAAAUGGUGGGGAGUGCCUCAGACCUGGAAAAUGCAGAUGUCCACCUGGCUAUGGGGGUAGAUACUGUCAUAAAGUAAGCUGUGAAGGAGGCUGUCAAAAUGGUGGGGAAUGCAUCUCUGUCAAUGGAGUUGUGAAGUGCCUUUGUGCUUCUGGUUGGACAGGAUCAAGAUGCCAAGAAGCAAUUUGUCCUCAAGGUUGUCGGAAUAAUGGAGCUUGUGUGGCUCCUGGGAUUUGUAGCUGUCCAGCUGGAUGGGUCGGUGGAGCAUGUCACUUAGCUGUAUGUAAACUACCUUGUCAACAUGGAGGAAAAUGCAUAGCUCCAAACGUGUGCAGAUGUCGACUGCCGUACUCUGGUCUACAGUGUACAAAGAAAAGGAAGGAAUGAAGCAACUUCAGCAAAGAUAAGCUGCAUUUUCUUCAUGUAACUCUUCAUACAGAGAUGAAGUCUGCAGCAGUGGGGGACCUUAAAACAAACACGGUAACUAAUUGAUUUCAGAUAGCUUUCUGUCUUCAGUAUAUUAAGUAAACGCUUUUCUGUAUGAAAGAAAAGUAUUGCUGAUUGUAACAAAGCUGUUAUAAGUAUCCAAGUGUGUGUAGUGUAUGGCACACAUUUUCUUCUGUUCUCAUUUUUCCUUCGUAAGCAGAAGUAUUAUGUCUUGGUUAAUACAGCUGACCUUGAAAUAAAAUUUACUCUUCAAAUAAAGUACUUCAGAAUAGA